AUGGCUCUAGAUGCUUGGAAGCAGUCAGACUUCCUUUACCGGAACUAUGUUUUGAAUGGCUUAGCAGAUUCACUUUUCAACGCAUUUUAUGUCAAGAAGUCAACAAAGAAGCUGUGGGGUGCUUUAGACAAGAAGUACAAGGCCAAGGAUACAGGGGUGAAGAAAUUUGUCGUUGGCCAGUUUCUAGACUUUAAAAUGCUCCGGAUUGAGGAAGACAACAGGAGGAAAUGGGGGAAUACCUCCACUGUGAAAGCAAACGUGAUUGAGCAUAGCCAAUCCUCAGGGGUAAAGAAUAAGCCACCGACAAGCAAAAGCUUAAAGUUGGGGGCUAGAGGUAGUGUCUCCAAAAGGUCAGUCUACAAGCCACAAGAACCUACUUUUAGGUUUAAUAGAAAGUGCUUCAACUGUGGAAGCGAUGGACAUCGGGCGGUUGAUUGCCGUAAGUACUCUCCACAGAACAAGAGUCGUGCCCACAUGGUUAAAAUGGAGGAUCUGUUACAAGAUGUGGAUGACAUGCAUCUGUUAGCUUUCGUCUUAGGGGUGAACAUGGUGGGGUCCAACUCGAAGGAAUUGUGGGUGGACUCUAGGGCUACUCGCCACAUUUGUGCUGAUAAGAAGAUGUUCAUAACCUUUGAACUAGCUUCAAACGAUGAGAAGUUGUUCAUGGAGAAUGCUGCUACCUCAACUGUUGAGGGUAAAGACAAGGUGGUUCUAAAGAUGACUUCAGGAAAAGAGCUGACUCUGAACGAUGUCCUAUAUGUACCGGACAUUCGUAAGAACCUUAUCUCGGGGUUGCUCUUAAGCAAGCAUUGUUUCCGCAUGGUGUUUGAGUCUGAUAAGGUCGUGUUGACCAAGAGCGGGGUCUAUGUGGGAAAUGGGUAUCUAUCGGGUUGUAUGUUUAAGCUCAAUGUUUCUAGUGCAUAUAGGUUUCUUGUGCACAAGUCAGAUAUUUUAGAUAUCUACAAGAAUACCAUAACGGAGUCAAGGAAUGCAUUCUUCUUUGAAGACGUAUUUCCUUGUCGAACUCGAGGAGAUGAUCAAAGUUCUGAGAAGGAACUUGAAGGUGAUCAAGAUGAGGAAGUAGAUGAGCCAAGAAGGAGUAAGAGGGCUAGGACUGCCAAGUCCUUUGGCUAG